UGUCUGACACGUUGACAGUUGACAAAACAAGUGUCAAAAGUCAAAAGUGACAAGCCUCGACUUGAACAGCGAGACGACCAUUCCCAAUUUCCCAAAUGAUUUAGAAUACAAAAACGUUGUUUUAGUGAACAGUUGCGUGUCUUAUGAUCUAAUACGCUUCGUAAAACGUCCAAUGAGGUCAAUAAAGUAACUAACAGGAACAGUUCCUCUCGCUACAACGUAAAUUUAGAGCCGCCCUGUGCACGCUGGAGGGGCACAAGGUGCCUUUGCUAUCCACGGGGGAUCCCCGCACGUCUCGAUUGACGCCGGGCUCCAGUCCGGACAUGGACGACGGGGGGCGGCGGCAGGCCACCAGGGUGUUCAAGAAGAGCAGCCCCAACGGGAAGAUCACCGUCUAUUUGGGAAAGCGGGACUUCGUCGAUCACAUAUCGCACGUCGAUCCGAUCGACGGCGUCGUCCUGAUCGAUCCCGAUUACGUGAAAGACAGGAGGGUGUUCGGACACGUACUGGCUGCAUUUAGAUAUGGUAGAGAAGAUUUAGACGUAUUAGGAUUGACCUUCCGCAAGGACUUGUACUUAGCGGCCGAACAGAUCUAUCCGCAGGACAGCGCGACGCAGAGCAAACGGCCGUUGACCAGGCUGCAGGAACGGCUGGUCAAGAAACUGGGCUCGAACGCGUUCCCGUUCUACUUCGAAUUGCCGCCCCACUGUCCCGCCUCCGUCACGCUGCAACCGGCCCCCGGCGACACCGGCAAACCCUGCGGCAUCGACUACGAACUGAAGGCGUUCGUGGGCGAGAGCCAGGACGACAAGCCGCACAAGAGGAACUCCGUCAGGCUGGCCAUCAGGAAGAUUAUGUACGCGCCGAAUAAACAAGGGGAACAACCGUCCGUAGAAGUGAGCAAAGAAUUCGUGAUGAGCCCCAACAAGCUCUACCUGGAAGCGUCUUUGGACAAGAAACUGUACCACCACGGCGAGAACAUCGCCGUCAACGUGCACAUAGCGAACAAUUCCAAUCGCACGGUGAAGAAGAUCAAAGUAUCGGUGCGACAAUUCGCCGACAUCUGUCUGUUCUCGACCGCCCAAUACAAGUGCACGGUGGCCGAGGCGGAGAGCGACGAGGGCUGCCCCAUCGGGCCCGGUUUCACUCUAAGCAAGGUCUACACGCUGACGCCGUUGCUGGCCAACAACAAGGACAAAUGGGGCUUAGCCCUCGACGGUCAAUUAAAACACGAAGACACGAAUCUCGCUUCGAGCACGCUCAUAGCCGAUACGUCACAACGAGAAAACUUGGGAAUCAUCGUCCAAUAUAAAGUUAAGGUAAAACUGUGCCUUGGUGCGUUGGGUGGGGACCUGGUGGCCGAAUUGCCGUUCAUACUGAUGCAUCCGAAGCCGGAGGAGGAGGUGCUGCCGCCGGCGACGCCGCGACGCGUCAGCGAGGACGUGAGAAGCGACGUGCCGGUGGACGCGAACCUGAUCCAGCUGGACGCCGAAGAGGGCCACGACGACGACAUCAUAUUCGAGGAUUUCGCGCGAUUGAGGCUGAAGGGCGGCGAGACGGAGGCAUGAAAUGGGGCGGCGGGUGGCGCUCGUCCGCUCGUUGCCCAGCGUACCGAUGUGUAUGUCGCCUGCGAAUAGAUACGGCUACGGUGUUUAUUGUUGAAUCACCCGAUGUAACCAGUGUGUGUGUGUGCCCUAGUCAGCGGCUGUGCGUUGCGACACAACCAGAUUGCACUUAUGUAUGAUUAACUUGUUCCCUACUUUAAUUUUUAUCUAUGUCCUAAUAUAUCAGUAAUUUAUUAAAUUUUAACAAUAAAUUUUAACAUUUCUUCAAA